AUGUCUGCAAUUGAAAUCACGAAGGCAAAGAGAACAACUGUAAGGAAACUUACUGCGCAGUUAAUUAAUCAAAUUGAUGCGAAAUUAAAAUCAGCAGACGAAAUUGAUGAGCAGGAUCUUAGAGACGACUACGAAAAUUUAAUUGAAAAAUCCAGCGAAUUAAAACAACUUGAUUCCGUAAUCGAAAGUUCUCUAACCCUCGAACAGGUUGAAAAAGAAGUGACAAACAAUGAAGAAUGUAAAACAAAGUGUUUAAAAUAUUCAAAAAGAAUAUUGCGGUAUCUAGAAACUAAAUGUAAAGUAAAUCCAACCUUAAAUGAACCACAUAAUAGAAGUUUAGACACAUCUUUAAGUGAAAAUUUAAAAAAUCAAUGCUCAAUUAAAUUACCGAAACUUGUCAUAGAACCGUUUUCAGGUGAUCCAAAACAAUGGAAUAGCUUUUGGAAUAGUUUUUCCUGCUCAAUAGACAAAAAUGAAUAUAUUUCAAAGGAAGAAAAGUUUUCGUACCUCAAGUCUUAUUUAACUGGACAAGCUGCUAACGUUGUUACCGGUUUCGAAUUAUCCAGCGCUAAUUACGACAAUUGUAUAAAAAUUCUUAAAGAUAGAUUCGGAAAGAGAGAUAUAAUUAUAAAUGCAUUUAUGAAUAAAAUAUUAAGUUUAGAAGAAGUUUAA